GGCCUAGUUCGCAGUAAGAAGGCGCCGGAGUUCAAUGAAUGGGGCGGAUUUAAAGAAGCCUGUAUUAUUUUUAUUCUUCUUCUUCUAUUUAUUAUUAUUCUUCUUCUUCUUCUUAUUUAAAGUAGAUAAGUAAGUAGAAGUCAGGAGGUUGCAGUGGCCCGGCGGAGCGGCAGAGGCGUGGUCACACCGCUGUCAGGGACGAUGCGAGACUGCGGCGCUGCGUUGGUGCGAAACCGCUGGAGGACGGAGCUAGGGGCCGGGGGGGGAAGCCUGCCCCGUGAGGGCACCCCGCGGCACCUCAAACACAGCGGGGCUGGAGGCAGGAGAGAGAGACGGAGGACGGAGCUCAGGAGCUGCUGGACCUCCCCGUCGGGAAAGGGGGCGCCUCCUAGCGGGGUGCGGGAGCUGCUGGAGAGAGUCUACGAGGAGGAGGAGGGAGAUCAGGAGAGCGAGGGCAGCUGUGUUGAGGAGGCCAGCUCCCAGUGGGAGUUUGAACAGGACAGACCCUCUGCCUCUGCCUCUGCCCCAGCCUUGCCCAACGGCCUGCUCCUCCUCCCCUCUGCCAGGAGGGCCCGGCUGAGGCAGCGAAGGCAAGGGUUCAGCCUCCUUCUGUACUCCCGCAGACACCUGAGCCGGUGGAAGAGGAGGCCGGCGAUGAGGCGCAGGAGACCCAAGAGGGGGCGCCUCUUCUACAGCCUGUCCCCCGGCUCUGCCUCCGGGGAGCCCGGCCCGGCCUUCAAGCGGCACCGAGGGAUGGAGGAGGGAGGUGGCUGCACAAGCUGGGACUCUGAGCUCCUGAAUGGGGCUGCCACUGCCCUCCCCUCCUCCUCCUCCUCCUCCUUAUCAACACAGCCCCUCAUGGGCUCUCUCCUGUCCCCGGAGCCCACCCUGUCUCUCUACCCGCAUUUUGAGGAGCUGCAGGCGGGCAGUGCCGGUGUGGGCAAGGGGCCGCAGGGGGAGCAGAGCUCCGGGGAAGACGCACAUCCAGCAGAAAGUGAGUCGGGACUUCACAACUCUCUCUCUCCCCCAACCCCCCCCGGUGCAGUAAAUGGAUUCCCUGUCCCGCUGCUCAGUCAGUCCCCUGAAAUGGGCGGCAUCCAGAUCAGCCAGGUGUUCAGCAUCAGGGAAGCUGCUCAAGGACAGGGGCCCCAAGAUCCACAGGUGCCCCCGCAGACACGAGAGAGCUCCCCGGGAAAAGAGAAAGUAGCAGGCAGCCUCACAGAGGAGCAUGUCACCUGUGUGCAAGGGAUCCUGGAUGAGAUGUUACAGCGCUACGGCAGCAUGAUUCCUGUCCACGCUGAGGAGGUGGUGGCGAGGUUGCAGGAGAUAUUCCAGGAGAGCUUCAGCACCCCUCACAGGAAGACGAUGGUGCACCACCUAAUGCAGUCCUACCAGCGAAUGCUGGGCAACACUAUGGUACAAGGGUUCCGGGUGAACUACAAGCGACACGUCCUGACCAUGGACGACCUGAGCACACUCUACGGGCAGAACUGGCUCAACGAUCAGGUUAUGAACAUGUACGGGGAUCUGGUAAUGGACACAGUGCCGGAGAAGGUUCACUUCUUCAACAGUUUCUUUUACGAUAAACUGAGAACGAAAGGCUACGAAGGGGUCAAGAGGUGGACGAAAAACGUGGAUAUCUUCAAGAAGGCUCUGCUCCUGAUCCCCAUUCACCUGGAGGUGCACUGGUCCCUGGUGUCCGUGGACGUGCCCAAGCGCACAGUCACCUACUUCGACUCCCAGCGCACGCUCAACAGACGCUGCCCCAAGCACAUUGCGAAGUACCUUCAAGCAGAGGCCCUCAAGAAAGACAAGACUGAUUUCUGCGAGGGCUGGAAGGGACUCUUCAAAAUGAACGUGGCCAGGCAGAACAAUGACAGCGACUGUGGAGCCUUCGUUCUUCAGUACUGCAAGUGUCUGGCGUUAGGAGAGCCCUUUGGUUUCACCCAGCAGGAUAUGCCCAACCUCAGAAAGCAGAUCUACAAAGAAUUGUGUCACUGUAAGCUGUCCCUGUGAAGAGAAUGGGCCAGUGGACAACUCUGCCAUCAACCACACACACGCACGCACACACACAAAAGACUUCCAUUUUUUUCCGCCUUUAUUUCUUUUUUUGUCUUUGUGGUGAAGAGAGGCCAUGCAGAAACGGAGCCCUAGUUCUCUGCAGAGCUGCAGGCCUUUGUGUUAGCUGGUCAUCUAUAGUCAAACCCACAGCGACACAA